AUGAGAGUCAAACUGCCUUUUAUGGCAUUCUUGCAGAUCUUGCUAGGCUGGAUAGUGAAUCAUUCGUUCGCCCGCCUCGACAUUAGUAUUUCUCGUCAGGAUCACAACGCCAUACCUGAGCUUGACCGACGUGGGAUCGGUGGCUUCAGAGCUCGGCAAAAGAAUAAUGCUCUCCAGGUGCUCGAAUCGGAGGUACCGCUAACGAUGGUGGAUCAGCAGGGCAAACGAGCCAAAGCUGAGAUUCAUACAAAGACGAAUCCGUACGAGACAAUGAUCACGAAAAGGGCUGACUCCGACUUGGAACCCAAAUCCAGGGUGACGGCUCGGCGAGGCUCGUCCCAAGCCGGGGGACACGACCAUUUACCCAGUGAGGCUUCAAAAUCCACCAAGAAAGACAAGGGACUUUGCAUUCCAAAGUUGGAACAGCUCUCGCUGGACACUGCCGAGUCUUCGACUCAUCCGACCGCGGUGGAGCUACACUGGCCAAUAGUUGCUGCAGCACUCAAGGACGAAAGCACUUCACAUGUCAAUGGAGAAACCCAAAUUUUCCGGACGCUUCUGGAGAAGAUGUACGCACAAGGUCGCCUCAGGGUCAAGGCUGAAGGAAAGACGCGAGGCAAACGUCAACGUCGGACAAGCAACUUCGACACCGAGAUAAACGAUCACAUGUUGCAAAGACUGGUGGAGCAAUUCGAGGAGCAAUGUCGAUUUACAAAAGAGGAAAUCGCGAGGUCUGCAGUUCGAGGAGAUAUAGACGAGGACGACUUCUAUUUGCAAGCGAUUUGCGAUGACAAAGACGACCUCUGCGAAAGCCUGCAGCAUAUGAUGGCAUACUUGACCGUUCCGCUAGGAGUAAAGAAGGCGAAAGUGUCUGACGUCGAGCAAAUCAAGUCGGCGGAUGAGCUAUCCAACAUGUCAGGUAAAAAUACUUAG